GUUCCAGCCGAAACACAACAACAUUCUCGGUGGUGGGAGUGAAUGGACUCUUCCAACAGAGGGGGAUCCUUCUCACCAUCAAAUUUUAAAAUCCUAGAGAUAAUCAAGAACAAGUCCAUCUCUUGCGCUCGAUCGCCCGCGCAGAGGUUGGGGAGGCUCUGCGGAGAUCGUACCUAGUUGUCAGGAGGAGCAGGAAGGGGAUGAUCAAAGCCUGAGUGACGCGCGUCGGCCUGUUCGCGAAAGGGCAGCUCCUGGGUGGGGUGAAGCGCCCCUGUCUUUCAUCCUGUCCCCCAUCCUGGUGUGGGCCACUAGCUGCAGGAUGAACUGUCGCUCGGAGGUCCUGGAGGUGUCGGUGGAGGGGCGGCAGGUGGAGGAGGCCAUGCUGGCCGUGCUGCACACCGUGCUCCUGCACCGAAGCACGGGCAAGUUCCACUACAAGAAGGAGGGUACCUACUCCAUCGGCACCGUGGGCACCCAGGAUGUCGACUGUGAUUUCAUCGACUUCACCUAUGUGCGCGUCUCCUCUGAGGAGCUGGACCGUGCACUGCGCAAGGUUGUUGGGGAAUUCAAGGAUGCACUGCGCAACUCUGGUGGUGAUGGGCUGGGGCAGAUGUCUUUGGAGUUCUACCAGAAGAAGAAGUCUCGCUGGCCUUUCUCAGAUGAGUGCAUCCCCUGGGAAGUGUGGACAGUCAAGGUGCAUGUGGUAGCCCUGGCCACGGAGCAGGAGCGGCAAAUCUGCCGGGAGAAAGUGGGUGAGAAGCUCUGCGAGAAGAUCAUCAACAUUGUGGAGGUGAUGAACCGGCAUGAGUACCUGCCCAAGAUGCCCACGCAGUCAGAGGUGGACAACGUGUUUGACACAGGCUUGCGGGACGUGCAGCCCUACCUCUACAAAAUCUCCUUCCAAAUCACUGAUGCCCUGGGAACCUCAGUCACCACCACCAUGCGGAGGCUCAUCAAAGAUACUUUGGCCCUCUAGGCCUUGCUGGGGCCUUGAUGGCUCGCAGACCUUGGCUUCUGGGGAUUGUACUGUACUCUUGGGGCUCUGGAACCUGCCCUGGGUCCUUGAUGGACUUGGAAGGGCCAGCCCCUGGCUUCCUUGGUUUGUGGUUGCCAGUCUCUGGUCAUCCUUGUAACCUUCACUGAUGGUCAAGUCCGGCUUACACUGUCUCACCACACCCCUGGUGGGGUCCCCCUUCCUUCGUUGUACAGAAGUGCCAUCACUAGGAUGGCGAAUAAAGUUGAGACUGUGAGUUUAGGUUGA